CCCCCGCACCCAGGACCUCCACCCCCAAAUCCCCGGGAUCCCAAACCCACCCUCAAACCUGGGUGUGAAACAGAGGGAGCCUGCUCCCCGGCAAUCACGAGCCUGCAAGCCGGUCUACCUUGCUCUCCUCCGGAUUAAUCUCCGAGAGGCAUUGGGGAAGGAGGCGGGAGAUAGACAAGGAGAGAGAGACUGAGUCUCUCUGAAACCGAACCCCCGAACUCGCAGCCUGACAAUAAAAGCCGCUGCAGGAGUUGGGUUGAUCCACAUUUACAGCAGAAUGUAAACAAUCUUGGUCUGGAAGGAUGUCCCCGCGUCAGUUUCCAGCUGAUUGGGAAUUUCCUGGCUGCGGAAAUUGACCUGUGAAAUUCCAGGAGACUGGAGAGAGAAAGAGGUCGCUCCAUCUCCGUACUGCUGCAAACAUGGGUUACUGUGGCAGGAAAACUAAAACUUUGGUCUCCACUUGUGUGAUCCUGAGCGGAGUCAGCAAUCUGCUGUGCCUCAUCUAUGUCGGCUGGAUGACCAACUACCAGGGCAGCGGAUACAUCAAAGUGCAGCCGCCCUUACCUGAACUUAAACUGGGAGAGGACAAGAGGGAGAACCAAAGGCUGAGGGAAAGGUUAGAUCGACUGGAGAGCGUUGUAAAUCAACACCUACAAGAUCUGUUCAAAGUCUGCCUCAUUUGGCACAGUGACAGAGCCAUACAACACAAUGGAGGAUAUGCUCAAUGUGAGGACUGGACUUCACCUUCACAAGCAGAGGUUCCACAGAAGCUAGAGGAGAACAUAGCUGCUGAUGCCUUUACUGAUUCCUUACUCUUCACUCACUGGGGCCACGACCUUUCCCCUGAAAAUCGGAGGGUCGCUUUGAAGAAGUUCCAAUACUAUGGCUACAAUAGCUACCUCAGCGACCGGCUGCCAUUGGACAGGUCCAUCCCUGACCUUCGACCUGAUGGAUGCAACAACCUCACCUACCCAGUGAACCUCCCUCAAAUCAGCGUGGUCUUUAUCUUUGUUAAUGAAGCUCCUUCUGUUGUUCUACGGUCUAUGCACUCAGUGAUAUCUAAAACCCCAGCUCACCUUCUCAAGGAGAUUGUGCUAGUCGAUGACCACAGUAACAAUGAUGAACUCAAAGAGAAAUUGCAAGCUUACAUUGAUGAAACAAACACACGUCAGCCAGGCUUUGUAAAGGUGAUCAGACACACAAAGCAAGAAGGGUUAAUCCGAUCACGGGUCAGUGGCUGGAGAGCAGCGACAGCUCCUGUUGUUGCUCUCUUUGACGCACAUGUUGAAUUCAAUGUUCAAUGGGCUGAGCCAAUACUCUCAAGAAUAAAGGAAGACAGAACACGUAUCAUAUCUCCUUCCUUUGAUAAUAUCAAGUAUGAUAAUUUUGAGAUUGAAGAGUAUCCGCUAUCGGCCCAAGGUUUUGACUGGGAAUUAUGGUGUCGUUACUUAAAUCCUCCCAAAGAAUGGUGGACUCUGGGAAAUGUGACUGCUCCGAUCAGAAGCCCUGCACUGAUUGGAUGUUUUGUGGUAGACAGACUAUACUUUGAGGAGAUUGGCUUACUGGAUGAAGGCAUGGAGAUCUAUGGAGGGGAGAACGUGGAACUCAGUGUCAGGGUCUGGCAGUGUGGGGGCAGUGUUGAGGUUCUCCCUUGUUCCAGACUCGCUCAUAUUGAGAGAGCUCACAAGCCCUACACUGAGGAUCUGACUGUGCAUGUCCGUAGAAAUGCACUGAGAGUAGCAGAGGUGUGGAUGGACGAGUUCAGAAGUCAUGUCUACAUGGCCUGGAGCAUUCCGAUUGAGAAUUCAGGGAUUGAUAUUGGAGACAUUUCAGACAGAAAAGCUCUGAGGCAGCGAUUACAGUGCAAGAGCUUUGGAUGGUAUCUACACAAUGUGUACCCCGAGAUGAGAACAUACAUGGAUACAGUGGCCUAUGGUAUGCUCAAAAAUGCCUUGAAAAAUGAUUUGUGCCUUGAUCGGGGACCGGACACGGACAAUAUUCCAAUUAUGUAUGUUUGCCAUGGAAUGGUGUCACAGAAUGUUUACUACCUGAGCAACCAGCAGAUCCGUGUGGGGAUACUGAGUCCCACUAUUGAUGACGAUGACAACAAGUGCCUGGUGGAUGUGAACAACAAGCCUAGACUGAUUGAGUGCAGUUACGCUAAAGCAAAGCGCAUGAAGCUUUACUGGCUCUUUACUCAGGGUGGUUCGAUACAGAACAGAAAAUCUAAGCGGUGCCUGGAGCUUCAAGGAAGUCCUGACAAUGACUUUGGGUUCAAACCUAUACUUCAGAAGUGUAGUGGCCAACGCUGGACCAUCAGUAGUGUCUUAAAGAAGACAUCCUCUUAAUGAACCUUUGCUCCUUCCACCCCUUGUUCUCAUUCUCUCCAUGCUACUGUGUAGCACAAUUUUGCAAAUUUCUGUUGUACAUUUCUUUCAUGUCUCAGGUUUGUGUAUGGGUAAAGAGGAAUUUCUUUUUCAUAAUUUAGAAUUAAGUUGUACAUGAUUUGCAGAUAAUUGUUUGUCGGAAGGAUCAAGCUGGAGACAAAAUAGUUAAAUAUUUUCUAUGUGUAAAUAGACACAUGACAAAUGGACAAUAUUUAUAAUGGGUAUCAUGUUAGUAUGUAUUGAUGUAAAACAUCUGUUUUAAUGUGGGUGAGUGAAUAGUUUGGUGAAGUGACCCCAUUCGUCAAAUCAGUGACAUCUAGCCAAUAAAACCCAUGUAGGUGUAAAAAUCUCUCCAAUAAAUUCUUCUCUCGUCUAGUUUGAGCUCAAAUGAAAAUUGUUGAUUUUUGAUGCAGGAAAAAUGACAAUAAAAUGCUA